UAUACAGUCCAACGAAGCAGCUUCUGCUUCUGCUAGCAUGCUGGCAGAGAUAUUGAAUUAAUUUGAAUUGUGAAACGAGACAAAACGGUCGGUGUGUUUUGAAUGCCACGGCGUUACGGCGUUUUCAAAAAAUUACGAUUACUACAUUACAAUCACACAAUAAAAAAUUUAUGAAUUAAAAAUUAAAACAAAAAAAAAAUAAUUAUUAAAUAAAAAAAUAACGUUAUAUUCGUAUUAUUUUAACGUUAUUAUUCGGAAUCGAAUGAAUGAAAAUGAACUUUUGUGCGAAUUCUUUGGCGAUUUGUAGUGGAAUAAAACUAAAAACGAGAAUAUAACGAUAAUAAUCGAAAGCAAAACAAAAAAGGAUAAAUAUAUGAAAAAUUCAGAAAUAUAAAAUCCAUUAAAUUAUCUUUCGGUGAAGAGUGGAGAGUGCCUUUGUUUUCUCGUAAAUGAACCAUAUAGAGUGCGCGCGUGUUUUUUGUUGUCGGUUUUUUUUUUCAUUGCUUUUUGUACGUUUUUUCUCUUGCUGGGGCUGAGUGAUGUGGAGUGCGUGCGUGUGUGUCCCUAUGCAGUUAAAUAAAAAUGUUUGUGAUUGCGCAUGAAUUACGGUGUUGAUUCGAUUCGUUUAUUGCGGCCCCCCCUCCCCAAAAAUGAAAAUAGAAAUAAACAAAAAAUAAGAGAAGUCAAAAAAAGGAGAAGAAGCAGAAAUUGAUACAACUACUACUCGAUUGCAUUGUUUAUGGUGUGCGUUUUUUUUACUGCGUUUCUAUUUCAUUCAACACUAUCGAUAUUUUUGGUCUUUUGGAAAAAUAAAAUAAAGUGAGCCUAGAGGUGACCAAGUUGUUUUGUGAAAUUGAAUGCAAGCAUUGAAAAAGAAGAAAUAAACAACAAAAAGCCCCCUCAGAGAAUUUGUAAACAAAACCUGAAAAAAAUUCCAAUUCCCCCAUUAAACAACAACAACAAAGCAAGUGUGUGGAGAGAAAACACCAAAUAAAAUCAAGAAAACCCCAAUAAAAUAAAAAUUGCUAUUUGUGUUAAACGAAUUAACAAACGUUUUAUUUACCUAGAGUGUUUUUGUUUUUUUGUUUAUUCGUGCGACGACAACGACGUCAAAGUGCAAAAGUAAAACAAAACGUUAAGAAAAACACGGAAAAAACGGAGAAAAAAAACGUGUUCGCCGCGGUGUUUUAGAAAUAUUGAAUGUUUUUUUUUUAACCUACCUAUACGGUUUCGAAAUUUCCUCUCUCAUAAAUAAAUAAUCAUAAACGUAACGAAACAUCAGGCAUAGUGAAAUAGAGAAGAAAAAUUAAACAAAAAUCUUAAGCGUAACUAAUUAAAGCAACAAGUUUGGUUUUUUGGUGAAAGAUACAAAAAUUAUUUAAUAAUUUUAAUUACAACAAAGAAUUUGGAAUUUCAUAUCACCACACAGAGAGCGAGAGAGAGAAAGAGUGAAAAAGUGAGUAGUUGGGGAAUAAAUUGUUUCUUCAUUCUUCAAGUCAACAACCAGCAGAACCAGCCAACCCACCCAUCAACAAUUCUUAAAAAUUUGAAUUUGUGUAGCUUUGAAAGAAAUUCAAGAACAUUCAAAGGCCGGCCUUUCUAAACUAAACGAAUGAAAUAUUCUCGAUAAAGAAAAGAAAAUAGAAAUCGAAUGAAGAAAAGUGCUUAGGAUAAAUCAAGUGUUAGAGAAAGUGUUGCAGGAAAAUAGUCUUCCCAAACAUUCCACAUCGAUAUAAGUCAUAUGAAUCUAUUGGAUUAACACAGCAGCAUAAACAAUUGGAGCUUUGCUGUAAUAAUAAUCUUCAAAAAAGAUUUCCUUUUACGUGGCCCCUUCAAUAACAACAUCAAACCAAACCGACAUUGAUAUAAGUUCUUUGUUACUUGUUCAUUGUCAUAUCCAAGGAGAGAUUGAAUCAUACUCCAUGGCUAUACGACAAUGUCCAAUGCUCGCGAAUUGGCAUUGUUAGAGAAAUGGACGUCGUCAUCGGAUGGUGCUACAAUUCUGCCCGGCCUCUCAUCGCCCACCUCACCUAAGGCAACGAAAUUUUGCUGUUGUCCCAAUCGUCGCCGUUAUACGCUGAAACAGCCUAAAUUGACAACAACACUGCAUGUUAGAAAUAUUUUUGUUGACAACGAUUUCAAUUUCAUUGACGACACCACAACCGAAAACGACGACGACGACGACGAAGAAGACGGCGAGAACGCGGAAAACGGUCAAGGAGAUAAUAACAUCGAAGAAAUUUUAUUGUACGAUAGAAAGAAUUAUAAACGGGCCGUAAGUUGGCCAAGUGCUCGUAGAACGCUAAAGAAUAGUAAUCGCAAUCACAAUAACAACCAAAACAACAACAACAAUAACAGUAAGCUAACGAAGCCUAUUGAAGUGUCAGUGGAGGCACCCAAAGAAAAUCGCAGUAGAAUUCAAGUGACAGCCACUGCAACAGCCACAAAAUCUGCAGCCUCGUCCGCAAAUGAUUAUGACGAUAUUGUAGAAGUUGCAGCCAAGAACAGUGCUGGUGGCAUUAGCGCCAGCGAAAGCACAGAAAAAUUCAAAAUCGCUGAAGCGGAAACGAACGAAUGGCGUCGGCAUGACAAAAGCUGUCAUAACAAUCGAAACAAUUGUCUAACGAAGAACGACGAACAACAAAACGAACGAAAGUCAAACAAUGACUAUGAUGACGACAGAUGUUCACUAGAAGAAGAAAGUUUAAGAGUUCAGCAAGAGCAACAGCAACAAGGAAACGAGCAGCAGCAACAUCUGGGUCACGAUCACCAGUCAAAGCCAACAAAGUGUGGCCUUAGAAAAUCCUUGACGCCCCUACCAAUUGGCAAUGAUGAGGGGAGGGAUGUCACUUCUUCCACCUCCUCCACCUCCCACUCCAGCUGCUUUAACUACUCCUCUACUAAGAACGGUGAGCAAUGUUUGGGAUUUUCCAGGCUUCUGGCAAGCCCUAAGAACCUAAAGGCAAAUGAACAAAACGCAGCAAUAGCUACAACAAAAACAUCACCAAUAAUCCAAAGACUUAGUGAAAUAAGAGAAAUUAAAGAUAGUUUAUGUAAGCAAACACUUAGUAAUACAACAGCAACACAACAGCAACAACAACAUCCAGAACAUUGCAACAAUUGUCAAUUUUGUUUUAAUCAAAGCUGUCGCAACUUUUCACAAUUACAACAGAGUCUACAAGACAUUGACAACAACAGCAACACUAGCAAAAAUCGCCAACCAUUUUCCCCCAUUGGCAAUAAUCAGAAAAUGACAAUAACAACAAACACAUCGACGAAUGUGGCCAAUAGUUUUCAAGAACCAGGCGUUGUUGCUGUCGCAAAUCCCAAACAACCCACAGACAUUGUUAGUGGCCUAUCGUUGACAGCAGCCAUGAACAACGAUAUGUCAUCGCUGCCGCCUGCAACGACCAGAACCCAAGUGCCCCCCUCAACCCUAAUGUUGGCAACAAGCAACAAUAGGCCCACCUCACCCAAUAACACACAGCUACUAAGUCCAACACCAGCAUCAUCCCACCAGCAAUGUAACACGCCUUCAUCACCAUUAACAACAACUGUGAUUAAAACAACAAUGGUUAAACGUAGUCCUGCUAAUGAGUCGACAACAUCGCCGACAGCAGCAUCGGCAUCUGCAGCCACAUCACCAACAUCCGCCUCAUUAACUUUGGAAAAAUCUUUGGCCUUCAUUACAACAACUUCGCCGUUUUGUAAUAAUGUCCCCCACUAUCCUCAACAAGAUGCCCCCUCAAUGGCUACCAAAGAGAAUAAACCUGCCAACACCAGUAAUAAGUGUCUAUCGGAUGCUAAGGGGACAUUGCUGCCGAAGGUUGCAGUGUCAUCGUCUACAACACCAAUGAGUGUUAAGGAACGCAUUGCUGCCUUAGUAGCUGGCAAUGAACAAAACCAAAAGCAACAUGACAACAAUUUUAUUAAUAAUAGAACCUCCAUGAAGAACCAGUGCAAUAAAACGAUGAGAUCAACAUCAUUACAGCAACAAUCAAACAUGACAUAUCCACAGCGACAUGGACAAGCAGCAACAUCAGUUUUCAACAGUUCCAGCAACAUGUGUCAACAAUCUCUAUCGCCAACAACUUUAAGAGCUAGAAAAGCCUCAUUGGUCGCCGAUGAGGUAGAUAGUGGCCCAAUGGAUGGCAAUGAAACAAAUCUCCUUUUGACCAGCAAAGCCACAAAUGCCGGCAAUGAGGGAGAAGUGGUAGAAGACAUAAAUGACAAUCUUAACCGCACCAAUACAACAACCACAACGACACCAACAUCAUCCUUGUCACAAACAGCUUCAAGCGGCAUGGGGAGAUUGUCUGCAAAGCCUAGCCCAUCAGACGAUACCCAUAAACCAUCACAUGGUAGUGUAACCAACAAUCAUAUGGCAUAUCAUAAUGCUGCUGUCAAUAAAUACGGAAGCAGUGGUGGCGCAGCCGCAACGGCCACAGCCACAGCCACAUCCCCAUCAACAUCAUCAUCGAAUUCAGCCAUGACAGUUGAUUCGCGUACCCAACAACGCUCUAUCUUAAGUAAUACCAAUCGCAACCAGUCGUUGCCAACAUCAUCUGGUUCUGCAGCAACUUCAUCAUCAAAUGACACAAAUGGCGAUAACAGACUCUAUGAUUUAACAGUUUCCGCAACACCAACCACCUCACCCAUCUCAAAUACAUCUCCUCAGGGUGAUGGUGACGGCAAUGAGACUGAAGCCGCCACAACAUCCACCAGCAGCCGCAACAAAUUAGAAGCUCUUGCUAAUUUGGAUUUAGCUCUCAAUUUGUACAAUCUGCCAUUAGAUCUGGAUGACGAUGAUGAUCCAUAUUUUGUGCUGCAAGAAUAUCUGGAACGUGUUAAGCAUGAAAUCAAUGAAGUCUUUGAAUUGCAUAAAGCCAGACAAAAGGCCCAGCAGCAGCAGCAUCAGGAGCAACAAGCAGUGCCGCCUUUUGAAAGUGAUACAAAUACGGCGGGCACUAGCAUAGAAAAUCAAAUAAUAGACACAUUAAAAGCGGCUGUCUCAAAUGAUGAAUUGUCUCGCUCAACAGAAUCUGAUAGCGGCUUUGAUAGUGCCACUGGCGGUGGCAGGCGUGGUGCUGGUGCUGGUGCUGCGUCUGCAUCUACUCCCCAGCUGGACGUUGGCAGCAACAAAUUACCCUCAAGAGCCAAAGUGACAACUACAAGCACCGAUGCUAAGGAAAAUGACAACAAGAAGGCCAGCCGGCCCCAAGAAGACAACAGUGACAGCGGACGACGACUGAUGGAAAAUGCAACCAAAACUGAAAUGCCUUUGAGAGAUGCCAAACAGCAAACAAGCAAAGAGCCAAAGCCGCCCAAACAUUCUACAAUGAUCCCUAAUACAGAACAGGGCAUACAAGAACAGCAUCUGCUAGAAGCAGUCAGCACAAGAACAUUGCCGGCAUCAUUACCAUGCUCAUCACUGGCCUCAACUUCAGUGUCAACGGUAGAUACAGCUGCAGCAGUUACAGCAGCCAACAUAUCUUCGGCAAUAGCGGCGGCUCCAUCUUCGUCAACACUUAAGCGCCUGCGCAAACAAUUGCAAACAAAAUCGCCAGCAGAAGUUGCCACCGAUGAUGUAAAUAUGUGGGCAAACAAAUUCUUGCGAGAUUUGGACAACUUAAUGGCAUCUGAUAAAGCCACAAACAUGACGAUGAUGCCAACCUCUACGACUACGACAACAACGACAUCUUCAUCAACGGCCAAUAGCCUUUUAGUGGCCUCCAGAAACUCCAUAUCACCGGGACCCACAUCACCAAUGCUAUUGUCCGCCGCUGCCACAGCCGUCAUUCAGAGUCGUUAUGGCAAGGGUGCCCAUGAUCGUUAUGUCGUUGGCCCAGGCUCAGCGGCCCAUGAUCAUCAUCAUCAACAUCAGUUAAGCUCUGGAACGGGCUGUGGUACUACAGCAGCAACAACGUCUUCAACAAAUGGCAUAGUUUUGAGACCAGAGAAGCAUGCCACCAUUCCAUUGCAGUCAUUUAACCUUGAUUGCAGACGUUUAGAUAAUGCCGGUGCCCAGGCUUCAGCUGCAGGUUCAGGUGGCAAUGUGACCAGAACGAAUGUAGCCUACUUGAGAACAUUAUCGGCUCCAACACCAUCAGCAUCACAAACAAUUUACCAUUCGCUACUUCAUGGCAAUAACGAUCAGCUCACCUCCAGUUCUGCUGGCGGUAAAGUGAUUUCUCCAAAAGCCCAAUUGGGCCAGCGUAACAGUUUAGCAGCAACAGGAGUAGGUAGUUAUUCGCUUAAUGCUUCACUCGAUCAUCAUCAGAAUUCGAAUCUGACAAAUUUCCAAAGCAAUGAUGCCGCCGCUACCUCAACAGAUAUGAGCCAUGGUGACAUUAAGUCACCAAUGUCAUCUGCGGCAAAAUUAAAGCCAACGACAAUUCUGAAAAUUGAAGAGACAUCAUCGAAAGCGGUGGCGGGCACAGUGGGAGCCCCUAGCACUUUGUUGCAAUGUUCUACUCCCAUUGCCGAGUCGGCCCCAACGCCAACCCCUACCGCUGCAGAUGUAGAAUCUUUACAUCAGAAACGUUUACGUCAAUUGAACAUGGAAAUGGAUAAUCUGCGCAAUACAUCCAUAGAUCAAAGCCAACAAUUGUCGGCUCUAAUGCAACAAAAUCACUAUUGCAACGGCGGCGGCGGCGGCGGUGGUGUAGGAGCAGGAGGCCAAAGCAGUAGUAAUGGUAAUAAACAUAAAACUCUUAUGACAACCUCAUCAUGUGCAAUGCCGAAAAAGGCUUCCACCAGCAAUGGCACAGCGGCGACAAACGCCACAUCAUCCUCCAUGGGCUCUGCGGCCACAACAAUGACCUGUAACAGACAGCAGCAGCAGACACCAGCGAAUGUUGCUGCAACAAGUUAUCUAUUACAUGGCAGUGAUGCUACCAAAAAAGGUUCAACCUCUACAAUCUGGACAUCUGAGGAAUCGAUAUUAAGGAGUGUUGGCGCCGUCGAUGAAGACAAUAACUCCACUUCAUCCUCGGCUUGUGAAGAAGCUUCUGGUGCUCUAAGCUCGGGUAAAUCGGGCAUAUCACUGGAUAGCUCUGGCGUAGAAAAUGAUAAUAAUGAAAGCGGUAUUGGCACAGCCACACCCCCCAAAGAUAUGUCCUAUUGGAAGAGUAUGCCACACCAUCAUCAUGGUCAUCACCACCACCACCAUCAUCACAAUCAGCAGGAUAAUGAGUCAGUUAGCAGCCUAGAGGCUAUGCGCAAAAUUCAAUUUCAAAAGGGAAGCUCAGUAACCUCAUCUGAUGAUCCUGAUCUCUUGGAAGUUCUUAGCUUAUGUGAUGAGACACACAACGAUGGGGAAGAGGAUGGCGAGGGGAGAGCUAAUCAUAAUCUCAGCUCGCUUAAGCCACAGAACAACGAGGAAGAGGAGGAGGAUAUGGAUGAUGAUUACGAUAUGGUCGAUGAAGAGGAUGAGGGCCAUGAUGAAUUCGAAAUUGCCACCUAUUGUGAUUGUGAUUGCACUGAGGAUGGUGAUGCCAGCAGUGCCAGUGCUGGUAGUUCCGGCAAUCGCACAAACAGCAGUUCCAUUAAUAAUGGCUCACUAAGUGAUUCCAACGGCAGCGGUGGCGUUGUAUUGCGACGCAAAUAUGCCGCCUCGCCAAUUAUGGUGCCACAGAAAUGCCGUAGUCAUUCAUUGGACACCUCAUCGCUGCCCAAUUCAUAUCAUCAGCAACAGCAUCAAGGGCAAGGGCUUCAUGGCAUUGCUGCCAAUGGCCAUCAUCAUAUGCAUGUGGGCCAACAUGCGCAGUUGGCUCGCAAACUGCAACAUUUAAGAGAUCGUCAAAAGGAUCGCAAUCAACUAUCGUUGGCUUUGAGACAGGAACCUUUUCAGUCGUUGCUGGCGCCCACACAUUUCCAUGAGCUGCCAUCGCCCAGCAGUGCCUCAUUGCAUAGUGGCCAUGAGAUACUAGAUACCCAAGAGCUCUCAACGAAAUCCAAUUCGGCGCCUUUGUUAUUGAAACAAGAAAAACGUCUUGAUGACUUUGCCAACCAAAAUGUGACACUACGCUAUUCUCGUUCCCAAAGUGAUCGCUAUUUAGCAGAUUGUGCUUAUUGGAAAGGAGGCCAAGUUCAAGUUCAGUUGAUGAUUCUCAGACUCUUUCAGUGUUGAUUUGGAUUUAUUUCGACUUUAUGAACAUUCCACUAAGGAACAGGGGAUACUUCUCUUGUAUCUUGAGUGCAGUCCGAUUAAAGCUUAAGCUCAAUAAUAAGGGGCCUCCUUGUUUUGUGGAGUCCGAACAGCGUGCCGCAUAGCGACACCACUUAGUUGAGAAGUGUUAACAUGGCAGGAUGCCUCACAAUAUAGCCAGCAUUAGUAAGGGGAUAACCAACGCUGAAAAUUUUUCUGAUGUUCACGAUGGGAUUAGAGCCCAGGCAUAAGGCGUCAUAGUUGGACAUGCUAACUUCUGCGCCAUGGUGACCUUCAAUAUCAUAUACAACUAUGUUAAAAGCCUUCCAUUUUUCCCCAACUCUUUUAUGGUUUUGUAUAAUGAACUGCUGUACCCAUAAUGCUAUAAA